UUUUAAAGGACACACUGGAGAAAAGAGGUGCCCUUGCAGAAAUCAAAGCCAGGAUCAGAGCUGAGGUGUUCAAUGCACUGGAUGACCAGAGUGAACCGAGGCCACAGCUCUGCCAUGAGAACCUCCUCAUCAACGAGCUCAUCCGGCAGUACCUGGAGUAUAACAGAUACAAAUACACAGCAUCUGUGCUAAUUGCAGAAUCUGGCCAGCCUGAAGUGCCCUUGGACAGAGAGUUUCUUGCCAAAGAGCUGCAUAUAGUUGAAGACACAAAUGGAAAAUCAGUACCUCUCCUGUAUGGAAUUAUCUCUCAUUUCUUACAUGGUAAAGGAGAAGGUACCCAGAGUACCCUUCCCAAAGUGUCUUUGGUGAAUUACCCAAAGCAGAAUCUUGGCAAACUACCUACUGAGAGAUAUCAAAAAGACAGAAUUCCAGAACCAGGAAGGACUUCUGGCACGAGUAUCAAAGAUCCACUUCUUUUACAAAGUAUAAAGAGAUGA